ACACAGUGCCACAGUGCCAUAGUAUCGGACCGGAAAUUGUCCAGACUGUGUAACCAUGGUGACGCCACGCGAGCACCGUCAACAUUCACAUCCUGUUGUAGAUCCACUGUCACCUCUUGGUGAUUUUUUUACGAAGCCAAAUGAAUAUAGAUGAUAUACUCGAUGAAUGUCAAACCAAGAAAUGGGAGUCUUUAAAUAUCAGUCACCGCGGUUUAGUUUUACUGCCUGCACGCAUUUCAGAGCUGAUAACUUUAAAGAAAUUAUUCCUCAACCACAACCAUCUCAUUUUACCCCCUGAAGAGAUUCUGCACCUUGAUCAGCUUGAAGAACUCAUCCUGGAUCAAAACCAGCUGACUGUGCUUCCUAAUAACAUCAGCGCCCUGAAACACCUGACAUACCUGGGAGUAAACCACAACCCACUCUCCGUCCUCCCUGAGGCUUUGGGAGAACUUGGAGAACUCAGAGAGCUCUGGGCCAUAAACUGUGGACUCAUUUCUGUCCCACCAUCUAUUGGCAAACUCAGCAAGUUGCAAAAACUUGGUCUGAGUAACAAUUCCAUCACGACUUUGCCAUCACAGUUUGGGAGCCUCAGAAGUCUGCAGUGGUUGAACUUGGCUGAUAAUAAAAUAGAGGAUGUACCAGAGGAUUUGAAAAACUUACAGUCACUAGUCUUCAUCAAUUUGAAUAAGAACAGCUUCAAAAAGAUUCCAAAGGCACUCACAGAAAUGCCAAGUCUUCAAGUUCUUCUUCUUAACUUCAACAGUGUUACCUCACUGGAGGACGAUUUAGUCCUAGGUUUCAGCAGACUUAUAAAACUUGACCUCAGGCAAAACCCAUUAACGCUCAGACCACAUCAUUGGAAGGGUCUGGAUUUUAUAUUGCUAGGCAGCACAGAAACUGCAAUGGAUGAUAUAUGAUAAAUACACAAUAAAUCUGAAUUGUCCAGUG